AUGGUUCGAUUCAUGUUUUUUGUUACUUGCAUUUUUCAGCAUCACCAUCAAGAAUCUCGUCAGCCAAAGUACCAUCACCACCAACAUUCCCAUGACCGGUAUCCACUUCAUCCCUACAACCAUGAGGCCAACUCUCUCUCUCCGACCGCCAGAACACUGAAAAUGCUUAACCAAGAAGAAGAGGAGGGAGGCGGGAUUGAAGAAGAGGAGGAGGAAGAGGAGGAAGAGGAAUCAAGGCCAGAAGAAAAAGAGAUAGGAGAUAGCGAUGGUGAUGGUAUUCCCGAUGGCUUAGAGGGUGAUUCAGAUGGAGAUGGUAUUCCAGACUUUCUUGAAGAUUCUGAUGGGGACGGGAUACCUGACUAUCAGGAAGAUUCAGACGGUGACGGCAUACCGGAUUAUCUGGACCCUGUAUUCGACGAACAGGUCGCUAAGCCAACUAAAAAGUCGACUUCCCGAUCAGCCCAGGUCAAAGUAUCUGCAAAAGCCAGUUCAGCAACGAGAUCACUUGCAAAAAAGGCCCCCGUUGCACUGACGAGCAGAUCGGCAGCGAAGAAGACAUCGGUCCCCAUGAAGUCGCGGGAAGAAGGUGAUUUAAGCGUUGGGUCUAUUCAGAGUAGGCUAGUUAGUUUAGAUAAGAGUGCUCCACCAGCACUGGGUACGCUGGUUCAGCGUAGGCUAGCAAAUUAUGGCGAUGAAAACGAGGAUAUUGAUGAUGAGGACGAUGACGAUAUCGACUUUCUUGCCGACGAAGAUGGCGACGGUAUUCCGGAUCUUCUGGAGGCGGAGGAUUCGGAUGGAAAUGGUAUUCCUGAUGUGCUUGAGGGCAUGCCCGACUCGGAUGGAGAUGGAAUCCCGGACAUUCUUGAGAAUGCGCCAGACUCCGAUGGCGAUGGAAUCCCCGACAUAAUCGAUCAUGAGGACGCAGACUAUUUGCCUGGAUAUGAUGUGGACGCGGACAAAGAUGGUAUUCCUGACUAUCUGGAAGAUGACGACGGGGAUGGCAUUCCAAACUAUCUCGAAGACUCCGAUAAUGAUGGUAUUCCCGAUUUUAUCGAUAGCGUUGACAACCGUUGGCAUAGGGACAAUGUAGGAGAGUCUAGUUUGGAUCUUGACAACAACGGUGUGCCAGAUCACUUACAGAUUGAUGCCGAUGGUGACGGAAUGCCGGACUAUCUGGAGGACAAUGAUGGCGAUGGCAUUCCUGACUAUAUGGAGGACGAUGAUGGAGAUGGAAUACCGAAUUAUUUGGACAAAGACGACGCAGAUAAAAAGAAAAAGGGUGGAAAAACAAGACCAUCCAAAAAGAUAAAGGGCGAUAAGGACGGUGACGGAAUACCGGACUACCUCGAAGGAGAUGCUGACGGAGAUGGGAUUCCUGACUUUCUGGAGGACGAGGAUGGGGAUGGCAUACCAGAUUAUCUGGAGGAUGAUGACGGGGAUGGUAUUCCUAAUUAUCUUGAGGGAAAAACAAAAAAAGCCACAAAAAAGGUGAAAAAGAGUCUUAAUGACGUGGGAAGGACUACUAAGACGAAUGGCAUAAGUAAGACGGUUGGGAAGGCUAAGGCGAAUAAGAUGGUUAAAAAGGUGGUGGCUAGUUUAAGAGACGAAGAUGGAGAUGGUAUACCCGACUAUUUGGAGGACGAUGACGGAGAUGGGAUUCCCAAUUAUCUCGAUAGCGACAGUGGGUUAGACAUGGCGAUU